CCCCAGCCUCCUGCUCCACUCCCUCCAUUAAAGAGGAACAUCAGUGUUGGAAGCAUUUGAACAUCAGGGUUUGUGGCACCAGAUGCACACUUUCGCCUUGUAGGAUCUGAAAGAUGAAAAGGGGAAGGCGAUUGCCGUCUUCACUAAAUGGCGCAGUGUUACUGCAGAUGGCUCGUGGGAACGCGGGGUCUGUGGUCCGUGGAUCCUGGUUUCUACCGUCCGCCUGCUGGGGGGCUCCCUGGCUGUUUCCUCCAUGGGCAGUUAAUGUCUGCACUCUGAGCUUCAUUUUCUUCCUGUGCAAAGAGGACUCUUCCUGUGUUAAUACUGUGGUGCACCGCCCACCCCCCACCCCCCCCACUGCCGCCCCACCGGGCACAUAGCAAGCACUGAAUAAAUUCAGCAAAUAACUUGCCGAGUACCUAUUACACACUAAGUACUGCUCUUGGCACAGGUUGUGCGGUGGCAAAUGAAAUAGACAAGCUAAUUUCAAAUGCUGGGUUCUGAUAGAAGCAGAACUGACAUAAUGGGGUGAUGUGUUGGUGGAGCUGGGGAGCAGUAACGGGUGAUCAAGGGAAGCCCCUCUGAGGAGGUGAUAUUUGAGUAGAGCUGUUUGAUGGUCUCAUGGUACUUGGUGCUGGGUGUUGGGUAUGUGGAGAUGGCUUAGGCCCAGUCUUUGCCCCUGAUGAAUUCUUCCCCACCCCAAGCCUGUGUAUGUCCAUCCGCUUCCCCUAAAACUAAAGUUCGGACUUGCUGACCAGGGGUGAGAAUACCUGAGGAAAGAGGUGGGUCUUCAGGCAUGUGGAUCUCUGUUUGAAGCACAGUUUUAGAAAUGAGACUUGAGUACAAAUCCUCUGCCACUUUCUCAUUCUGACCCUGGGCAACUGACUGAGCUCCAAGAUCAGCAGUGAUGGGUGUGGGCCUGGAGCCAGAUCUAGCCCCUCCACUUCCCAACUCUGUAACCUUUAAGGCUCUGUGCUUCCAUUUCUACGUAAAAUGGGGUUAUGAUCGCUCCUCUUAAAGGUGGUGCAGGGUAUACAUUUGAGUUAAUAAAAAUAUGCAUGGUGAAUGCUCUAUAAAUAACUACUAGUUUUUAUUAUUUCUAUUUCAGAUGAGAAAGGUGAGGCUCUGGGAGGAGGAAUAGCUUAGCCCAGGUCACCCAGUCAGGAAGUGGCUUAUGAGGAUAAAUAGUGAUCGUGGUAGGGCAUCGCCUAGCCUAAGGUCCAACAUAUAAUAUUCACUCCAUACUUGGGAGCUGGGACUUCCUGGCAAUCAGAGGGCUGCCUUGUUCUGCUGCCCCUCAGCACAGGAAAUUCCAAGGUGGUUUUUCCAUACUGGCUCCUCUGGUUCUGUCCCUGCGGGGGAGAGCAGAGGGGCCCAGGUCCCCAAGCCAACUCAUAAAAGAUAGAAUUGAAUAUCUUAACUUGCCUGUCUUAACCCCGUCUCUGUUGAGGGGGUGGCUGUUACUUGGAGUGGCCUGGGCUGCCUGGAGCCUAUCUGGGUGUUUGCUUGUGCUGGCAGCCCUCACCCUGUCCUUGAAAUGGUUCUGGCUGGGUAGCAGAGUCUAGGUGGUGUGGGUGAAAUUUGGGGCUGGUUUAAGGCGGGGACAAGGCCCAGCACACAGGCCUCCUUGUGCUGCUGGAGAGGGAGGGCAGGAGGGCAGUGGAGACCCCAUUCCUCCCUUAGGCUCUCCCUUGCUCACAGUCCACGAUGGCUCGGUCCUCCGUGUUUCUAGGUGUUGUCUUGCUGUCUGCCUUCCCAGGUCCUAGUGUCGGGGGCCACCCGAUGCCCAAGCUGGCCGACCGGAAGCUGUGUGCUGACGAGGAAUGCAGCCACCCCAUCUCCAUGGCCGUGGCCCUUCAGGACUACGUGGCCCCCGACUGCCGUUUCCUGACCAUACGCCAGGGCCAAGUCGUGUAUGUCUUCUCCAAGCUGAAGGGCCGAGGGCGGCUCUUCUGGGGAGGCAGCGUUCAGGGAGAUUACUAUGGAGACAUAGCUGCUCGCCUGGGCUAUUUCCCCAGUAGCAUUGUACGCGAAGACCAGACCCUGAAGCCUGGUAAAACUGAUGUGAAGACAGAUAAAUGGGAUUUCUACUGCCAGUGAGCUCAGUCUACCGCUGUCUCUGCUGUUGUUUCUCGCUGACUUUAUGCAAAUACAUCAGCCAAG